AUGGGUUUCCGAGGCCCUUCUUGGGUCCCACCGGCGUCAACUAUAUCAAUUCCCGACUCUAUUCCUAUUAGCGAAUUUAUCCUAGAUGAAGAUCAUGGUCGUGCAUGCUUGGCAGACUCAAAAAAGCCGUUCGUCUGGGGAAAUACUGGCGAUGGGUACAAUGCGCUCGAGGUUGAUUUUUUCCCUCUUGCAUGGGCUGUUCAUCGUCUGUCAGGAAUAGCCUCUUUGGCCAGUACUGCAUACUCAGUUGAUGAGCUUACGCAUCAGCUCCGUGCAUCCAAGGUUCAAGCAUUGUUUACCUGUUUGCCAUUGUUAGACACCGCCCUGAAGGCAGCAGCAAAUUGUGGCAUUCCAAGAUCUCACGUAUAUUUGCUUGAUAUGCCGCAAGAUCAUGUUGGGAAUAUUGCAAAACCUCAGGGCUUCGUGUCCGUCAACAAACUAAUAGAGCAAGGGUCGAAACUUGAGGAGCUGGAGCCCCUGAAGUGGAAGAGGGGACAAGCCGUCCAGCAGUGUGCUUAUUUAUGCUUCUCUAGCGGGACGUCAGGCCUUCCGAAAGGGGUUAUGAUUUCACACAUGAACGUGAUUUCACAAGUUUCACUGUUCAAACUUUUCGAAAGCCGCACUCGAACACCAGAUCAAAAAGACACCGUUCUUGGACUCCUACCCUUUAACCACCUUUUCGGGUUAGCCGUGUUUCAUUCUGCAUUUUAUCGAGGAGAGUCCGUUGUCGUCCUUCCGAAAUAUGAGCUUGCUACCCUGUUGGAAGCGAUCGAGCUUUGCAGAAUCAAUGUUCUCUACGUUGUUCCGCCAAUCAUCAUUGCAAUGGUGAAGAAUGGGAAACUGAUGAAGAAGCAUGACUUGAGCAGUGUGCGGCACAUAAUCACAGGUGCUGCCCCCUUAGGGAACGAAACUGCAGAAGAUCUCCACAGAUUGUAUCCGACUUGGUCUAUUCUUCAAGCCUAUGGUGAGUAUAUUCGUUUGAUAUUGCAUGUUGGCUUGCGUUCUAAUACGCAGGAAGGUCUUACGGAAACAACCGCUGUCGCCACACACACUAGUCCCCAUGAUAUCUUUUUCGGUUCCUCUGGAUGUCUCCUACCACUGCUAGAAGCGCGAUUGGUCACACCUGACGGCGCUGACGUCGAGGAGUACGAUACACCAGGCGAGCUUUUAUUGCGCGGCCCAACCAUCGUCCUAGGUUACCUAAACAAUGAAGCCGCCAAUAAAGAGACUUUCCAAGACGGUUGGUUACGAACAGGUGACGAGGCGGUAUUUCGGAAAAGUCAUAACGGAGAGGAUCAUGUUUUCAUCGUGGACCGCAUAAAAGAGCUGAUCAAGGUCAAAGGAUUCCAAGUCGCUCCGGCGGAACUGGAAGCACACUUGCUGACGUACCCCGCCGUUGACGACGUUGCUGUUAUCGGCGUCCAAGACGAUUCGGCCGGUGAAGUGCCAAAGGCAUUUGUCGUCAAGGCCAGCGGAGUGGAAGGCGAUGAUCAAACGCUCAUUCGUGACAUCCAAAAGCAUGUUCAAGACCACAAGGCGCACUAUAAAUGGCUGAGUGGCGGGAUUGAAUUUAUUGAUAGCAUUCCAAAAAGCGCAAGUGGGAAAAUACUCAGAAGGUAUCUAAGAGAUAGAGAACGUGAGGCGAGAAGGAAAAUAAUCGCGAAGCUAUGA